GAAAAAUUAUUUAAACUGUUAAUUUAAAUGUUACAUACGUUAAAAGGGGAAGUGGAAAGAGGAAGUUUCAGAAACGGUCGGCUUGCUGCGUGAUAGAGGAUUCCAUAAUGGUUAAGAGAAAUAACUUGAUAUGUCUGAGUGUGGUUUCAUAGCCCCAGUUAUCCUAGCUGUUAUACUUGGACUUAUUCUUUGGCCCGACAGUCUACAGGAAAAAAUCAAGAAGAGAUGUGAAACGUAUUUGGAAAAGCACGGCCUACCGAGUCAAAAUGACUGUGAGAAGAUUUGGGAUUCAUUCAGACAAGCAUUUGUGGAAAAGGAUCCAUGUGAAGUCCCUCCAGACGCUUAUGACUCCCUAAUACACACCGUGUCCCAAGUGUCCCAAGAGCCAACAUGUAACAGGAUGAUGUUCUGGAGCAAAACUAAAGAAAAAGUCCAUGAGUUUGCGAAGAAAUGUUCUUAUGUGACUCUCGAGGACUUUCUACUUGGCUUCCUCCUGGAUAAUCUCACUUGGUGUGGCAAAAGUGGGAGCCAAGAAACCUUUACCACAGGAUGCCCAAGCUGGUCAGAUUGUGUGAACAAUCCUGUGCGCUCAUUCUGGAUCCAAGCUUCAGCAGCAUUUGCAGCAUCUGCAUGUGGUGAUGCCUUUGUCAUGCUGGAUGGAGCCAUAGAUAUGCCUUAUAAUCCAGACAGCACUUUUGCUUCUGUAGAAGUCAAGCAUUUCAACUCAUCCAUCAUGAAGAGCUUGACCGUCUUGCUUGUCACCAAAGAAGGAGACACGAAAACCUGUGAGAGUGAUGAAUCACUGAAACAUCUGCAAACCGACCUGGGCUCUAACUUGAAAUAUCAGUGCAAAGUCGUUCCACAGUCACAACUUCAGACUUGCAUUGUUGAUUAGUGGCGACUUCAGUUCAGUCAACACGUGGUUCACGCAGAAGCCUAUCCACUGCCUGUCC